AUGAUAUCACCCCUCGCCGACCUUGGUCUCCUACAGGCCAAAGAGAUCCGUAAGAUGGGACUCACAGCAGCCACAUUAGAUCAAGAUAGUUUGAGUCGCUCGCAGGGCGACCCUCUGAAAGAGGCCAAAGAGUGCAAGCACUCAGUCAUUAUCGCAACACCAGAACGAGUACAAACACCUGCUUUCAACUCGCUUCUUCGCAUCCGAGCCAAGACGAAGCUUGCGAACAUGAUCUUCGCGUAUUUCAUCGACGAGGCUCAUGCCUUUGUCGAAUGGGGACAGACCUGGCGACCGGCGUACAAGGCUGUCAUGCGGGUCGUGUCCCUCCUCAGAGCCAACAUACCUAUCGUCGCGAUGACAGCCACGCUCAGCACUGAGAACGAGAGGAAGCUCGUGAAGGAGCUCAACUUUCGAACGGGACAAUGGGAUCUCAUCCGCAGACCGACGACGAAACCCAACGUUCGCACCAUCUACCUCCCCCUCACCCACGGACUUGGCGGCAAAACCUUUCCCGAUAUCGCCUGGGUGGUUGCCAGACGCCAGAAGGUCAUCAUCUACGUCUCCACCAUCACGCAGUGCAACGAACUGGCAUUCUACCUGUAUAAGUUCUUCCCGGAAGGUAGAGAUGCCCGUCUGGGGCCCGUCCGCGUAUACAACGCAUUUCAGUCAUCUGCCACCAAUCUGGACAACCUCAUCGCCUUCCUCAACGACCCGAACACGUUCAUUAUCAUCGCGACUAUCAAACUCGGGCUCGGCGCGGACACCAACGGCGUUGUGACGGUUGUCACACUCGGUGCACCUCAGACCAUCGAGGAGGACGAGCAACAACGAGGAAGGGCUGGACGAGGCGGGGAGAUCGAGGCGGAAAGUUACACGUAUGUGCAACAAGGAUUCGUCCAGGCAGUGCGCGAUGCAGCCAAAGACGACCCGAAUACGCGAGCAUCUACGGGGCGCAAGCAGAGGGCCGGCGCUGGCGCGCGCAAGGAAAAGUCCGUGGUGGUUGAAGGGAAGAAGCAGACGCGCGCGCUCGACGGCUAUUGCGGUGGCCUCGUGCGCACGGUGACCGCUCUCACGAAGAACACCUGCCUUGAUGGCGAGCUUGAUGUCGUCUUCGCGAACCCCGGGCCAUUAUCAGGCUCUCACUGCUUCCACCAGCAGCGUCGCUUUCCGUGUUCAAGCUGCAUGUGGCGCUUGAACGAGGCUCGUAUGGCCCAAGGUCUUCUCCUCGCACCCCCACCAGAACCGACUCCUCCCGCAUCUGGCGAACAAAGCCACGCGGCAGAUUGCCGCCCGAGACCUGCUGAUGCGAAUUUGCCUGAAGACGGCGCGGCGGAGGCGCAGGCUGCACCCGCAGAGAAGCAGCGCGCAACCACGAAAGUGAUGCGUUCGCGGGUCGAGAGGGCAUUGUCCACGUUCUGUGAUAAUGCCCGUGCCGAACUCCCCGACCCGAGCGACCCCGCGCAGGCCAACCUGCCUACGUCGUUUUUCAUCCCGCACGAUCUCCGCGUAUCUCUCCUCGACGCGUUCUCAGCUGCUAGAGACCGCGCGGCAUUCGAUCAGAUCUUUCAGUCGUGGGCCCACCUUGCCACUCACGGCGAUGCCUUGUAUCGGAUUGUCGUCGCACUAAACGCGGCCUUCGACAAGUACAGCGAUAUGAUCAAGGCCGAGGGUAAUGCGACGCGAGCUGCUACGGUCAAGGCCAAGAAGGCUGCGGCGAAUGUGGUGGCUGAACCGGAGGAGAAGCUCUUGAUUCGCAUACCACCUCUGAGUCGAGUGCGUGCAUGUGCGGCGAGAUCCUCAGUGGAAAUUUCAAACACCAAAACUGUACCCCAGACCCCGUCGAAAAACGGGUCGCAGCGCGGAAGCCUCUCUCCGUCUUCCUCUUCUGCUGGUGGAACCCCUCGCAAGCGGCGGCCGAGUAUCGACGAGAACGUCAAUGCAAGCCCCUCAAAACGUGCUCGAUUGUACAUGUCUGUGUCUGGUCGUGGGCAGUUUCUAUCGCCGACUGCAAGCCCUUCUCGCAAGCGGCAGUCAGAAUUUGACGAAGAUAUUGACAUCACUCCGACGAAACGUCGUAGAGCGGCACGAUCGCGUGCGGAGCCCCCACCACUUCCGGCACCCCGUUUUGGCUGA